AUUUGUCGCACUCGCACAAACUUGACAGCAGAAGCAUGUGAACGUUCUCAAAAAUAAACAAACACAAAUUCUGGAUUAAAUUUAAUGGUUUUUGGAUAAUUAUUCUUCGAAUAUUGUAUUAUUUUGUGUAGUUAUUAUGAAUACAGUCAUAGCCAGCAGUAUAUUAUCCUCUAUGUUUCGACGGUGUUCAAUUCAAAUAGCCGCAAUUAGAAAUUAUGCAACACCUAAGCCGGGUGGAGCUCUUGGAUCAAAGAAAAAGAAACUAGGCAAGCUUGGUCCUGUGGUGGAGAAAAAAGUGAUACCGGUAGAAACGGAUGUCAACAAAUUGGUAAACUAUGUUUGCGGCAGUAAUAUAAUGAAAAAGGGCGAGGACAUAAAGCUGAAACCAGAUUCUGAGUAUCCGGAUUGGUUGUGGAGUUUGCACGUUGGUAAACCACAAACUUUGGAUGAACUUGAUCCGGAGCAGAAGCCGUACUGGCGGAAGCUACGGCGAAUGGCGCUGCAGCGAAACAAUAAAUUAGCAAAAUUGAAAAAGUUCUAGCGAGUAAAAGGAAUUAGUUGGUGCUUAUUCGAGGACGGUACAAUUGUUGUAAUAUACAUAAAAUAGGA